GCUGGCUGGCUAGUUGGGUCAGUUGUUCCGCGCCAGCCGUCGGGCGACAACAAUGACCACUCGACGACGACGCCAACGUGACAGCAUUUAUCGAUUUUCGACAGUCCCAGUGGAGGAGCGCUAGGAGCAGUAGUCAAGAAAAAGUCCUGCCUCGCAGACCCACUGGGUCGGAUUAACGGCCUUCACAUGAGCAUGCUAGGAUUUGUCUACCUGGUUCUCAUCCUGGGCUGGAUACUGAUCGUCUUGUUCCUCAAGUGCAAAAAGUCCUUGGCCGCUCCAUUUCGGUUUGGCGAAAACUACACCGAUGCCAUCGCCGAUACGGAACGUCGACCAUCGGUCCACGUUAUCCAGUUGCAGCACGAUGAUGUGGAACGCGAGGAUCACUAUAUGAACAAUUUUCAUCAAAACACGGAGAAUCUGCAGCGGUACUCGCAUCGCUCGCAACGGUCUACGUUGGAGGAGCGCACGAUCGAGAGGACAUAUCCCACGGAUGCGGUAAUAAAUCCUGCCUAUAUGCACGACGAGGACUACGUGAUCAAUGCACCUCCGCCGUCCUACGAGGAAGUAAUGCGCCAGCCGCAGGUGUAUCCACAGGUGCGCCACAACAACCACAAGAUCAGCGAUGCUGACAUAUAGCCUAGUUAACCCGAUUAUCAUAAUAGCAUAAUUGCAAAUAUGCGCACUUUGUCUUGGUCAGCUGUGAUUUACAUAUUUGUUUGGUUUUUUAUUUCAUUUGCACCUAAAAAACAUAAUCAAUUGGAUUGAUUCAACAUAGGUGGCCUGCGCCCUCUUGCACUGCGAAUAAUAGUAGU